CGGGAGCGGGGCCGGGGCGCGGCGGGGAAGGCUUUCAGCGACGGACCGCGCCGGCCCCGCCGCUUCCGGGCCGGUGCCAGCUGCGGUGCCAGCAGACGUCCUCGGCAGAUGACCUCUCCCCCAGCCUCCUGCAGGGAAGCAAGAGCUUGAGCUUCCUCUGAGUUCAGCAUCCUGAUCCUGACCUUUGGGAGGAUGGAGCAGGAGAGUGGCUCCAGUGCUCAGCCCCCUGGCCAGGACCCACUCCUCUUACUGAGUAGCCUUCAGCUCCUCUGGACAAAGAAAGAGAUGAAGAAGCUCAAGGAAGAAAUCAGGCGAGGCUUCGCGGGACUGCCGGAGCCGCUGGCGGGACUCGUGGACAUGCUGGAGGGCAGCAGUGACUGGAAGGGGAGAGGGCAUUCCCUCGGCUAUUACCUCAGCACCGAGCUGGAGCUGUGGCUAAAAGAGCAUCCUGCUGUUCAACAGUCUGGCAGCGAGCUGAAGAAGCUCCAGGCCCGUGUGCUCAGGCUGCUAGCCCAGUGCCCAGCUAAUCUUCUUGACCCCCUGAUCAGCAUUUACCAGCUCCAUACAGCAGAGCGGAACUGUUUGCUGGAGCACGUCAGGCAUCUCUGCCGCCAGGGCGCUCACAAAGAGGCAGCCAUCCUGAGCAUCAAGCUAAAGUUACAGCCAGAUCAAGAUGUGGAGGAGAUGUGUACACCACUGCUGCUCCAAGAUAAAACCAACGUGGUGGAAGAUUACGUGGCAGAGUACCCCGAGCUGCAGAGCAAGCUCUUGCAGACCCUGGACAGCUGGUGUGAGCCUGGCUUCAACAUCGGAGGCAUCACAAGGCACUACCAAGGCCUGUCUGGGGCCAAGCCAGAGAAGCUGAACCGCAGAGUGCUCAGCAAGCUGAUCUUUAGGCUGCUGGAGAAGUUUCACCUCGACCCAGCUCUCUGCCCUAACGUCACCAACCAGCGGCACCUGAGGACUCUGCACUACCUCUUCUACAAGAGGUUUGUUGAGAAAACCAUGACUGAGGAGACCUGGGCAGAGCACGUUGAGAGCACAGUGGGAGAGAACCGCUGGCUGCAGGGGGAGCUGAUCCAGCUGCUGCUCAGCCGCUGCGACCUCAGCACCGCGGCCAGGUGGGCGCAGCGCUGCCAGCUGCCCGAGGAGAUGCUGCCCCCCGCAGUGGCUGCUGAGCUGCCAAAGCUUCCCACCCGGGACAGGGCGGAAGAGGCCACAGGAGGAGGUGAUGAUGAAGAGAGGAAGAAGCAGGACUACUACCAGCUCCCUAUCCCCCGGGCACACAUCCACUUCCUGCAGACCUGGGAGGAGACUCUGCAGUGCUGGGAGAAGGUGCUGCAGCCUGGGCAGGUGGUUGGCAUGGACAUGGAGUGGAGGCCCUCGUUCGGCAGCGUGGGGAGGCCUCGCAUCGCCCUGCUGCAGAUGGCGCUGAAGGAGGAGGUCUUCCUGCUGGACCUGCCGCAGCUCCUGGAGCAAGCUGAGAGCCAGGGCCAGGAGGAGAAGCUCCCCCACUUCCUGCAGAUGCUCUACUCAGACGCAGCCAUCACCAAACUGGGCUAUGGGAUGUCUGGAGACCUCAGCAGCCUUGCAGCCACAUGCUCUGCUCUGAAAGACACAGAGAAGCAGGCACGAGGUGUGGUGGACCUGCUCACAGUAGACAAACAACUGCAGAAGAGCUCUGCCGACUGGAAGAAGGGUGCCCGGGAGGCUGAUGCCCUGUCCCCGGAGCACAGCUCCCAGGAGAGAGGCUGGAGGCAGCCGGAGAAGGGGCUGAGCCUGCUGGUGCAGCGUGUGCUGGGCAAGCCCCUGGACAAGGCGCAGCAGAUGUCCAACUGGGAGAGGAGACCGCUCCGAGAGCAGCAGAUCCUCUACGCAGCUUCAGAUGCAUACUGUUUGCUGGAGGUCUAUGAGAAACUCUGCAAGGAUCCAGAGAGCUUUGGUCUGAGUUCAGACCUGACCAAGAGUCUGGUGGGAAAACCAAGCACAAAAGCCAGGGCGAAGCUGAACAAACAAGAGGCAGCCUCACCUUCUGGACAGCAGUGCCAAGGAGCCAGGCAGGCCAGCCUGUGUGCCCCUGCUGCCCUGUGCCCCCGGGAGUUCAGCGUGGUCUGUGACAACAUGCUGCAGGGCCUGGGGCGCUACCUGCGCUGCCUGGGCGUGGACGUCUGCAUGCUGCAGAACCAGGACGAGCACAGGAGGGCUGCAGAGAUUGCCCGGCAGGAAGGAAGAGUCAUUUUGACCUCUGGGCUGCCCUACCAGACCCUGCGGUCCCAGGUAGCAGAAGGGAGAUGCUUCUCUGUCAACUGCUCAGAGAAGGCAAAGGACCAGGCCCUGCAGGUGCUGAAGCACUUCAACGUCCAAGUGUCCCUGGCAGACAUCUUCAGCCGCUGCCAGGUGUGCAACUGCAAUAAGUACCUGAAGGUCUCAAGGGAGAGGAUGAAGCAGCUGGUGGAGAGCAGCAGGCAGGAGCUGGGGGAUGGCAGUGGCAGAGGCUGCCUGGUGAUGACACAGGAGAGGCCCAUCCAGAGCCACGGUGCCACUGUGCCAGCCUGUGGCGCAGCCCAGCCCAGCCCCAGCCCAGCGGAGGAGCAGCCGCAGGGGCCGGAGCGCAGCGGGGCCAGCGCAGCGGCGCCAGGGGGCACAGCGCUGCAGGUGGGCACCAUCCCCCCCGGGCUGCUGGACAGAGCUGAGCUCUCCGACUUCUACUGCUGCAGCGGCUGCGGGAAGGUGUUCUGGGAAGGCUCCCACUUCGGGCGCCUCGUCUCCCAGUUUCAGGAAGUCCUUGGCACGGCCGGGGACCAGCAGAGCCUCUACGAGCUGAGCUGA